CCCUCCGCGGGAGCGGCUCCGGCCCCCGCCCAGCCGCAGCGGCGCCGUCAAUCAGCGGCGUUUCUUCCCCCAGCCUCCCCCCGCGCCUCUCCGCCCUCCCCUCCCGCACGCCUCGGCGCGCUGCAUCGGGCUCGGUUGACAGCAGCGGGCUCCGCUCCCCGGCAGCACCGAGAACCGGGCGCAGCGGCGGCUCUGCGUUGCCCGCAGCCCCUCGCCGAGCCCCCGCCGGCCGCCGAAGCAUGCGGAGCCAUGGGCCAGGGCUGCGGACACUCCAUCCUCUGCCGGAGCCAGCCGUACCAGGCGGCUGCAUCUGACCUCCGGGGGCAACAGGUUUUCCUGAAGGCGGAGGACACCGCGCCCGGCUCCGAGGACGCGCUGCUGAGCCUGGGGGCUGUGAUCGAUGCCUCAGGCCUGAGGGACACCCUCCGCCAUGCGCUGGUCUCGCUGCUGCCCGCAGUGGAGCACGUCUACAUCUACCUGCUGGAUGGGGAAACCCGACUGAUCUGCGAUGACCCCCCCCACGAGCUGCCACCCGAGGGGAAGCUCAGGGAUGCAGUGCGGAAGCAGAAGCGGCUGGAAUGUGGGGGGCUGCCCCCCACCGAGCUCCCCAGCCAGCAGCUGGGACCCCUGGCAGCACCCCUGGCCCCCGGCGCACAAGUGCUCAUCAUCCCGCUGGUGGACAAGGACAGCGGGGCCGUGGUGUGCGUCAUCCUGGUACACUGCGGCCAACUGAGCGACCUGGACGAGCAGAACCUGCAGGCGCUGGAGAGACACACCCUGGUGGCGUUCCGGCGCCUGCAAGCCCUGCAGAAGCUGCAGCCCUGGCCCCAGGUCAGCCUCUCCACCAGCUCCUCCCAGACCUCCUUGGCCAAGGCUGAGAAGGUGCCCGACAGCAGCUACAGCGCCCUGGACUGCAAGAUCCUGCAGCUCUGCGGUGAGCUCUAUGACCUGGAUGCUGCCUCGCUCCAGCUCAAGGUUGUCAACUAUCUGAAGCAGGAGACCCAGUCCCUGUGCUGCUGCCUCCUGCUCGUGUCUGAGGACAACCACCAGCUCUUCUGCCAGGUGGUGGGGGACCGUGUCCUGGAGGAGGAGAUCAGCUUCUCGCUCACCUUCGGGCGCCUGGGGCAAGUGGUGGAGGACAAGAAGUCCAUCACCCUGAAGGACAUCAGCGAGGAGGAGCACAAGCAGCUGAGCAGCAUGCUGGGCUGCGAGGUCACCUCCAUGCUCUGUGUCCCCGUCAUCAGCCGCGCCACCUCCCAAGUGGUGGCACUGGCCUGCGCCUUCAACAAGCUGAGUGGUGAGAGCUACACGGAGGCGGAUGAGCACAAGAUCCAGCACUGCUUCUGCUACACCUCCACGGUGCUCACCAGCACCUUGGCCUUCCAGAAGGAGCAGAAGCUCAAGUGUGAGUGCCAGGCCCUGCUGCAGGUGGCAAAGAACCUCUUCACGCACUUGGACGACGUCUCUGUUCUGCUCCAGGAGAUCAUCACCGAGGCGCGAAACCUCAGCAACGCCGAGAUAUGCUCCGUGUUCCUGCUGGACCGGCUCAGCCACGAGCUGGUGGCCAAAGUGUUUGAUGGAGGGGUGGUGGAUGAUGAGAGCUAUGAGAUCCGCAUCCCCGCCGACCAGGGCAUCGCCGGGCACGUGGCCACCACCGGCAAGAUCCUCAACAUCAAGGACGCUUAUUCCCACCCGCUCUUCUACCGCGGGGUGGACGACAGCACCGGCUUCCGCACCAGGAACAUCCUCUGCUUCCCCAUCAAGAACGAGAGCCAGGAGGUGAUCGGGGUGGCGGAGCUGGUCAACAAGAUCAAUGGGCCCUGGUUCAGCAAGUUCGACGAGGACCUGGCCACCGCCUUCUCCAUCUACUGCGGCAUCAGCAUCGCCCAUUCUCUGCUCUACAAGAAGGUGAACGAGGCGCAGUACCGCAGCCACUUGGCCAACGAGAUGAUGAUGUACCACAUGAAGGUCUCGGAUGAUGAGUACACGAAGCUGCUGAGCGAGGGCAUCCAGCCCGUGGCCACCAUCGACCCCAACUUCGCCAGCUUCACCUACACCCCGCGCUCGCUGCCCGAGGAUGACACCUCCAUGGCCAUCCUGAGCAUGCUGCAGGACAUGAACUUCAUCAACACCUACAAGAUGGACCGUCAGACACUCACCAGGUUCUGCCUGAUGGUGAAGAAGGGCUACCGGGACCCCCCGUACCACAACUGGAUGCACGCCUUCUCCGUCUCCCACUUCUGCUACCUGCUCUACAAGAACCUGGAGCUGGUCAACUACCUGGAAGACAUCGAGAUCUUUGCCCUCUUCAUCUCCUGCAUGUGCCACGACCUGGACCACAGAGGCACCAAUAACUCCUUCCAGGUGGCCUCGAAAUCAGUCCUGGCUGCGCUGUACAGCUCAGAGGGCUCCGUCAUGGAGAGGCAUCACUUCGCCCAAGCCAUCGCCAUCCUCAACAGCCAAGGCUGCAACAUCUUUGACCACUUCUCCCGCAAGGACUACCAGCGCAUGUUGGACCUCAUGAGGGACAUCAUCUUGGCCACCGACCUGGCCCAUCACUUGCGCAUCUUCAAAGACCUCCAGAAGAUGGCAGAAGUGGGCUACGACCCCAAGAACAAGCAGCACCGCAGCCUCUUGCUCUGCCUGCUCAUGACCUCCUGCGACCUCUCUGACCAGACCAAGGGCUGGAAGACCACCAGGAAGAUCGCGGAGCUGAUCUACAAGGAGUUCUUCUCCCAGGGUGACCUGGAGAAGGCCAUGGGCAACCGCCCGCUGGAGAUGAUGGACCGGGAGAAAGCCUACAUCCCGGAGCUGCAGAUCAGCUUCAUGGAGCACAUCGCCAUGCCCAUCUACAAGUUGCUCCAGGACCUCUUCCCGAAGGCGGCGGAGCUCUAUGAGAGGGUGGCCAGCAACCGGGAGCAGUGGACGAAGGUGUCCCACAAGUUCACCAUCCGCGGCCUGCCCAGCAACAACUCCUUGGACUUCCUGGAUGAGGAAUAUGACCCCCAGGCCCCCGACCCCCAGCUCAACGGCUGCCUGGAGCCCGAGGGGGGACACCCCACAGCAGGGGCUGAGUGAACAGGGUGAUGGGGGGGACACCACGGCUGGUUCCCCCCCCCAGCCCUCAUCCUCCCCCCAGACCAUGGGGAGGAGGUUGUGGGGUGGUGGGCUUGGACGUGAGUGACUGGAGCACCAUGGCGAGGGCUCAGCCACCACCCACCUCCCCUGCAAGGGGGACUGUCCCCUUCCGCUGGGUGUUCAUUCAGGUGUCACCUUCACCCGGUGGUCCUUGGACCCCUCUUUGGUGGGACUCUGCCUUGGGAUGGCAUGGGGACACCAUGGGGACACCAUGGGGACGCCAUGGGGACACCAUAGGGCUGGAUGUGCUUUCAACUGCCUUAAGGCUGCAGGUGUUGUCCCCAUGGGGUGACAAUGGGGACGAUGUCCUCAAUGGAAGCACCCUCAGAGGGGUUGUCACUCUGAAAUGGGGUUGUCACCCCGAAAUGGGGUCAAUGGGAUGGAGGGGGAUGAAGGGCAAUGGGAAUGCUGGUGGUGGGGUGAAGGGUGUGGGGAUGUCCCUAUGGACCCCGAAGGUGGACCCAAGGCUGGGGAGAUGGGAUGGGAGCACUGAGGAUGGAGGAGCUAGGACGAGACCCAUGGAAAGAGGCUCGAUCUACAUGGAGGAGGCAUCUGGAGCGGGAUGACCAUGGGGAUGCUCUGCCUGCAUCCUGCCAGACCAGCUCCACCACGCUGCAGAACCCCCCCUGCCUCUCACCAUCCAUCACCCAUGGAAGGACCCAGCCUGGUCCCACCAAACCAUGUCCCCUGCAAGGGCUACACCCGUGCCAAGGCUGGAGGAGCUCCUGCUCCUGCUUGGUACCCACCGUGUCCCCACCACGUGGUGUCUCUGUGGCUCAGCACCGUGGUGCCCAUCCUGGAGCCUCCUCCCUGCAAGUGGCUGCACCAGUGACCAACCCGUCCAUGGCUUCACCCCGCUGUGACCACCGUGCAUGGACCCCACCACUGUCCUUCUGGUCCUGCAGAGCACCAUGCAUGGACCGUGACGGUCUUUUGUGGUCCUGGUCCUGCUGUUCCUCUGGUCCUACAGACCACCAUGCAUGGACAGUGAUGCCCUCCUGUGGUCCCUCUGGUCCUAUAGACCACCAUGCAUGGACCCUGAUGGUCUCUUGUGGUCCUUCUGGUCCCAUCAACUGCCAUGCAUGGACCUUACCAUCCACCCGUGGACCCUCUGGUUCUACAGACCAUCAUGCAUGGACAGCGAUGGCCUCCUGUGGUCCCUCUGGUCCUAUUUAGCACUAUGCAUGGACCCUGAUGGUUUCCUAUGGUCCCUCUGGCCAUGCAUGGACCCUGCCAGUGUCCCACCACCCCUCCUGCCCUGCUGACUGAUGCAUAUGACUGAGGACCCUGCCAUCCUCCUAUGGUCCUACCAACCACCAUGCAUGGACAGUGAUGCCCUCCUGUGGUCCCUCCUGUCCUACCAACUACCAUGCAUGGACCCUGCUGCCCACCCCAUGGUCCCUCCAGCCCCACCACCCAACACGUGUGGACCCCUCUGCUCCACCAGCCCCACGGGGUCCCUCCAGCUCUUUGUCACCCCACCUAAAGCCGCCCAAACCAGCCAUGAGCAGGAGAACCAGGGCAGGGGCAGCCAGGGAUGAGGGUUUGGGGUGCACUGAGCCCCUUUGGCUGCUCCAUCCAGCCCAUGGGAGGUGAUGGCUCCAUCACCACCACCACGGCAGAGGAAGGUGAUGGAAGCAGCACAGUGAAGUCCUGGCUCUACCGGGGUUGGUCCGAUGGGGUUGGUCCCACCAGGAUGAAGGGCAGCUUGGCCUGUUCUCUUGGGGUGCCCUGGAGCACACGUGUCUAUGGGAGCAUCAGGAGAACCCCAUCAUGGACAAAGUGAACUCAAUUCCUUUUGCCUUACCUACUCGGAGAUGCCUUUGCCCAAACCCUGGUAGGACCCAUGCGGUGACCACGUUGGCUGCUGGCUUCUCCUACAAGACCCCCCCAAGCCCUUCUCCACCUCCCUUGGCCACCAUGAGAUGGCACAAGGGGGGAUACGGAUGGUCCCACAAGGCAGUGAACCCCCACACUGCCAGAGGAGGAAGGUGUCUCCAUCCCUGGUGUGACACCAGCGUGGUCCUGGACCAACGUUCCUCAUCCAGCCGGUACCUGCAUCCCGGUGUCAGUGCGGCAAUGGGGGGGUCUCACAUCCCGGACGGGUGCCGAUGGAUGCGGGGAUGGGGGUCCCGCCUGGGGCCCCACAUCCCGGGUACCGCGCCAUGGCGGGGCGCAGGGAUCGCCGUUUCCCGGCCGCAUCCCGCUCUCCCAGCCCCUGCCGCUGGUGGGCGCUGCUCUCCCGGCUCCUGGACAGAUCCCUGUGGAUCCCGGGCAGCGGAACCUCCGCCGGCUCCUCCGUGCGCCGCUCCCGGCGCUGGUUGUGCUGGGCUCAGGCGGAGCCCGAGGAGGAGGCGAACCUGCUCCUUCUCCUUUGUCUCCUUCUCCUCUGUCUCCUUCUCCUCCUCCUUCUCCUUCUUCCUCUUCUUCUCCUCUUUCUUCUCCUUCUCCUUCUCCUCCUCCUCCUCUCCUUCUUGUUCUCCUCCUUCAGGUUUUUCUCCUCCCCUUCUUCUUUUCCCCUUCUCCUCCUCCUCGUUAUUCUCAUCUUCCCUUUCUUCUCCUUCUCCUUCUUCUUUUCUUCCUCUUCUGCUCCUCCUUCUCAUUCCCCUUCUCCUCCUUGUUCUUCCACUCCUCCCAUUCUUCUUUUCUUUGCUUCUCCUCCUCCUAUUUCUUUUCCUCCCCUUCUUCUCCUUCUCCUUCCUCCUCCUUCUCCUUCUUCUCCUUUUCCUUCUCCUUUUCCUUUUCCUUCUCCUUCUCCUUCUCCUUCUCCUUCUCCUUCUCCUUCUCCUUCUCCUUCUUCUCCUUCUCCUUCUCCUUCUUUCUCUUUCUCCUUCUUCUCGUUCUAUUCCUCCUCCCCUUUUCCCCUCCCUCCUCCUCCUCCUUCUUUCUUACUCUAUAAUUUUUUGGUGGGUUUUGGUUUCCUAAAUAAAUUUCAUACGUGGA